AUGAGAAGUCCACGAAUUGUGUUGUUAUCUCAAUUGAGACCAGAAUUAAUAAUAAAAGAAAAAACGUUAAAACUAGCUAAACAGUUAGCCGAUAAAUUUGCUGAUCGACUACCAUCGCCAUUUGGAAGAAGAACAACUUUACCGGUGUCAACUGCGUCGGCUGAACGAAGUUUUAUUCACUUAGCUCGUAUAAAAUCAUAUGCAAGAUCGACAAUGAAGGAAGGGCGACUGAAUGGACUUGCUGCUGCUUAUAUACAUAAAGACAUUGAUAUUGAUCCACAAGAAAUAUUAACUUGUUAUAUACAAAAACAUUCGCGACGUUUAGACUUUGGCUUUUAG